GCCCACUCCCAACCACCGCACACGAUGAAAACACUCGGGAGUAUCUUUUUGACGAUUCUCGCGCUGCUGCGUCUGCAGUUUGCCCUUGCUUCUACCACAGGAGACAACCAAAAUGAAAUUUCGUCUUCCUUUGAAGAGCGUCAAGUCUGCAAUGGAAUGUACGCCAGUCCUAAAAAGACUUCUAAGAUUCAGUUGGACUUGGAAGACUACAGCUCGGUCGGCGAAGGCCGCGUGAGCGUGCUCAUCUUCAACUGGAAAGAAGAAGAAGCCAUUGGUAUCUCCAACGGCGAUGUCAUUUAUUAUAUGUGCGAUUACGAGGCAGUUUCCGCCGGUUUGUGUGGAGAAAAUGAAGUUGGCAAGUACUUGGUCAACACGGAUUACCCCCACGACUCGGUUUUGUCGCAGAUCAUCAAGCUCGACGAAAUGACUGCUCCUAUGGUGUACGAGGUCGAUACCACUGGUCUUUACUGUGUCUUCACAUACCCUCUUGAAGGCUCUAGCGAGACCUACAAGCUUCUGGCCACUUGGCACAAUUACUUUGGUGACUUGGAUGCCUCUGACUAUCCUCGUCUGUACCUGUACCCUGUAAUGUUGAUUGUCUUGGCGGUUGUCUCGUCGUGGUGGGGAUACUUGAUCAUCAAGUACCGUCAUGACAUUCUUCCCUUGCAAAAGUACAUCACCAUUGAGAUUCUUCUGUUCGUUCUCAACGCCAUUCUUUCGUGCGUCAACUACUUUUACAUCAACAGCCACGGUUAUUCGGGCUACUCUCAUUUUACCGCUCUUGUCAUGGCUUUCUCGAGCGCUGCCCGUGAUGUGUACUUCAAUUUUCUGAUGCUCGUUGUCUCGCUGGGUUACUCCAUCGUCGUGCCUUCGCUCGGUCCGGUGCUGCGUCGUUGUCAACUGCUGGCCGUUUUCCAGUUUAUUUUCAUCAGUAUUUACUUGGCCUGUAUCUCGCUUAUGGAGGAUGCGGAGCAAUCGCUCUUUGUUGCUCUGUGCGCCCUGUUGUACCUGAUCACGCUUUUUGGUUCCUUCAUUUGGACCAUCGUUGCCUUGCUCUCGAUGAUCCGUGAUUUGCGCAACCGUAAGCAAACUGUAAAGGCCAUGAUGUUCAAGCGUUUGUGGCAGCUGCUUGUUGGUUUCCUGCUCGUGUACAACGUCAUCAUCUUCACUUCCAUCGUUCUUUUCAUCAUGUAUGGACAAAUGGAGUUCUACCGCAAGUUCUGGAAGGCCACCUGGUUCGUGAACUACGGCUACGUGGACAUUGUCGCCUUGGUGUUCCUUUGCACCAUUCUUUAUCUCUGGCGUCCCACCGAAAACAACCGUAGAUUCGCCAUGAGUGAGCAAGUCGCGCAAGAUGUGGACGAGUUUGAAAUGGCUACUUCGUUGUCCGAUACAAGCUUCCCUCGCUCGGCCCGUUCGUCCAUGCAGCAGGCCGCUGGCACUAACGGUGCUUCUUUCCAAAAGCUCGAGUCCAACGAUGACCAUCAUGCUCUCUUUGCUGUUGACGAUGAUAGCGAUGAGGAAGAGCGUCAGGCGCUUACCACCGGAGCGAACCGUAAUUAGUCUGUAAUGCGUGCGCGUCGCUUGUCGACUCAACAACAGCCGGUUCUCUUUUCUGUCCUUGAUUUGAUUUCCCCUUUUUUUUUCUUAUUUCUUUCUCACACUCCAUACACAUUAACACUCUUUCACUUGAAAUUGGUAUUUUCCAUCACAGCAAAAUUCCAUAACUCGUAUACAACGAGCGCGAGAUACACGACGCUCAUUCUACAUUCUCUUACCCUUUCCUUCUCAUGACUUUCUUAAUUGCUGAGAUGUUUCCACCGACUGAUUACGUCUAUUUUACUUCUUUUUCUUACUUAUAAAUCUCGUUAUAAUAUGUUUACUCAAAGGUGGUUUCGUUAUGUUUGUAUGAACAGAAAAAAAGGAUGCUAGGAACAAGCAGCGGGCUCUCCAAAAAUAUUAUUUUUAGACUCGGUGAUGUGCCUUCUCAUAGUAAAGAUUACUUUAUCCGGAGGCCAAACCCUCGCCAGCGUUUGUUUCCAAACUCCUUAGCAUUCCCUUCGUUUGUUUGUUCGCAAGUGUAUUCGUAGACGCACAGCUCAAACCAAGGGUUAUUAAGAUGCUUUAGUCGGCAUUCAAGGCUGUCCUUUUCCUGAAUCAUUUCCUCCAAAUUGCCCCAUAGUAAAAACAUUCGCUCUUUCAUGGUCGUCAACGCCUUGCGGUUUCGACGAAGGUUUUGCGGUUGCAAUGUGGACAGAUUCAGCAAUGCUGCAGCAUCAUCUCCGUAGAAUAUUACAGGAAGUGUUGCCUGUGAAACAUCUUGCAUUAAUAGUACAAACAUCCAGACAUAUUCUUCGCCGGGACAACGCCGAACACAGAAAUCACACAAUUUGCGCGGCCAAAAGUCGACAACUCGAGCAAGUAGUCGGAACUUUUUGGGCGUAAUAUUGACACAUUCUGGUGAGUGAAGAACUUGCGCUAUUGUGGUUCUUGGAAUCUCUGUAUGUUGAGAGAUGACUGGAUGCGUUAAUAUGUGUUAGUCCCAGUAGAAAUAGAAACCGUUUUUUGCAGAACACAGUGAUUGCGUACCGUUUGUAUUCAUUUGGAUGCCAUUGCUAGAAGCGGGUUUAUCCUUCUGAGAUGAGACAUCUGUUGAGGAGAGUCGUUUGCCAACUGGUUCCUUUUUUUCAGGUGCUCGACUUCGCUUUAUGAUAUCCUUCUCUGCGCGGAAAUAUUCAAGUCGCCGACGUUUUAGGUUGAGAAGUAGAUCAUCAUCUGGUCGUAGUUUUUGAACAUGUAUUUUUUCAAUGUUUCGGUCUCCUUGGAUCAAACAUUCAAGAUUCCCACGCGGAUCGAGUUUUGCCUUCACGUUGCUAAGUAAUAGGUAGUCGCCCUCUUUCACGAACUUUCGACAGUACAUAUCGUUUUGAUCCCACAACGUCACCCGUAGAAGCUUACGGCCGUAAAUGGUUUUAGACUUGGAAUGUGUCCCAUCUUCUUUUGGUAAAAGUUCGUAGAUCAGCUCAUUGUCUGAAUAAUCGGAUACGAAGGCAGUAAAGUUUUUGACCGUGUACCAGGUUCGAAUUACCUGACAUAUUAUUUUAUAGUAACCGGGAGGGUGGAUUUCUGAAAUGGGAACUGGGUUGAAGUGAGUGGGUGGACUUGGAACUCUUGCACUAAGAUAUGUCGUUUCCCGCGAUACGGAAAUGGCUUCUCUCGAUUUGAGCCAAGCAUCAUGAAUGGUUUCAACGUACUGAAGCUCCUCUUUCGUACAUACAAGUUUGCGGGCAGGAGGAAUAUCUUGAGUGGAGGGCUGUAGACCGUUAGCACUCAUAUUAAAUAUCGCAAACCGAAAGUAGCUCUUCGAUAAUGCUUGAACACGGCCUUGAAAAUUCUGCAAUGAGAUGCUUUGAACAGCUACAAUCUGACCAACAGAUUCAAUGGCCGGUAGUUCGUUAAGUUCUUUGCUAAAUAUUAACAUGUGGAGUCCAAAAAAAGCCUCUGUACACGAGGGGUCCCAUAGUACGAAAGAUACACUCCAGUCUAUUCAUCAAAGCGUUAGUGAUGAACUAAGUACGCAGUGAAUAUAUCACGAUUGUUUUAUAGUACGCCCUUUUGCACAAACCUUUCGUUCCUUUUUGAGACUUUUUAGGAGCUUUGAAGGAAUUAACAACUCCAAUAACGUUAACGACAGAGCCCGUUUUUUCAAACCCCCAGCACUGUCUUGCUGUAUGAUACCGUACACCCUGUCCGGUCAGCAACACGCUUUAAAGCAAAUUAAUUCCUGUUUAACAAACCUUGAGGAUCAAAGGUCGGUCUAUGUUUGUAAC